GGGACAUACUUUUUUGAGGAAUUGUACUGCCGUCUUCAUUUGCAAUGUAAACGGCUAAAUCUGUUUUGGUGGCUGACACAGCUGUGUGUAUCGCAUUGUAUUUAAAAAAAAAAAAAUACUCAGGUUCUGAGGAUGAAGAGUGUCGACGUAGAUCCUUGUCUCAGAUUUCAUGAGAAGGUCCUGGAGAGGGGGGUGGGGUGCAUGCGCGCGUAGGGGAGGAGAAAAUUGGGAUUUAGGGAUGUUCUUUGUCUGUCUCCCCCCAGUAUUUUUCGAAUGCGGGUAAUAAAGUGAAGCUUUUUUUCGAUAGUGGAGAGAAAAGUGACCAGACAUUUGAGGAACAUUUUUUUUAGGCAUAGCCUACAGGCAAAAUUCAAGGAAUUUAGAAACGGAGUAAGUAGGAUUUAAGAGUUGAGUGUCCCUCUCCCCCCACUCCGGAGUCACUAUGAGCUGGAGUUUCCUGACUCGUCUCUUGGAUGAGAUCUCCAACCAUUCCACCUUUGUGGGCAAGAUCUGGCUCACGCUGCUCAUCGUCUUCCGCAUUGUGUUGACGGCUGUAGGAGGCGAAUCCAUCUACUAUGAUGAACAGAGCAAGUUUGUGUGCAAUACGCACCAGCCCGGUUGUGAAAAUGUGUGCUACGACGCUUUUGCGCCGCUCUCGCACAUCCGUUUCUGGGUCUUCCAGGUGAUCAUGAUCACCACCCCCACCGUCAUGUACCUGGGCUUUGCCAUGCACAAGAUUGCCCGCAUGGACGACGAGGAAUACAGGCCCCGUGGUAGGAGAAUGCCCAUGGUGAGCCUAGGGACCAACCGGAACUACGAGGAGGCGGAGGAUAAUGGUGAGGAGGAUCCCAUGAUUUCGGAGGAGAUUGAGGUGGAGAAGGAGAAGAAGAAAGAGGAGAAGCCCAACAAGAAGCAUGACGGGCGCCGGCGCAUCAAGCGCAAUGGUCUCAUGAAGGUGUACAUCUUCCAGCUGUUGUCGCGUGCUGCUUUCGAGGUCUCCUUCCUGUUCGGCCAGUAUAUCCUCUACGGCCUGAAGGUGUCUCCCUCGUACGUGUGCACACGCUCCCCCUGCCCGCACACGGUGGACUGCUUUGUGUCGCGCCCCACAGAGAAGACCAUCUUCUUGCUCAUCAUGUAUGGGGUGAGUGCCCUCUGUCUGCUCUUUACCUUGCUGGAGAUCCUCCACCUGGGCUAUAGCGGCAUCCGGGACUGUCUCUGCCGCCCUCGUCCUCGCCCCCCAAUUCCCCACCAACUGGCUAGCCAGCGUCCAACACUAUGUGGCCACCGGGUGCCCACAGCUCCUCCAGGCUAUAACACAGCUCUGAAGAAGGACCCCAAGGGCAUGCGGUUGGACUACAACCUGGGCGACUCGGGCCGUGAGUCGUUUGGGGACGAGACUUCACAGCGGGAGCUGGAGAGGCUGAGGAGGCACCUGAAGCUGGCCCAGCAGCACCUGGACCUGGCCCACCUGAACGAGGACACCAGCAGUCCAUCGCGGAGCAGCAGCCCCGAGUCCAACGGGACGGCCGUGGAGCAGAACCGCCUCAACUUUGCCCAGGAGAAGCAGAGCAGCACCUGUGAGAAAGGUUUGCGAGCCUAACUUCUUCAUUUGCCCACCUGGCCCUCUUAUGAUAUAUUCUCGCAUCUGGGACAGUGAGGGUAUGAGGGAGCAUUGGGUGGGAACAGUUGUUAUGUAUAUGUGACUCGAGGAGGAUUAAUUGGUCUGCCUUUCAGUAUUUAGGCCAGUGAACGCUCAACUGAAACAUGCCAAACUCAACGAGUAGGCUCUUCCUACCCAGCUACACUUGACCAUGUCUGAAGAUCCAAAGUGACCCAACUGUUUUCAGAACAUGCCUAUUAGUCUCUCAGGGCAGCUGUGCUGUUUUGUUGAACUUCCUUUAGUAGUUUGUAGUUAUUCCUCUUUGCUGGAGUUUAGAGGGGUCCAUCUCAAGUUGGCCUUGAACCUUAAACUGGAGUUUACAUUUCAGCCAUUCCAAGAGGGUAAGGUCAAGCAAAGUGUGUCACAAAACCAUGUCAAAUGAGUUUUUUUUGUGAGGAAUACGGAACCACAGUGAGUCAGUGUUUGAACUGGUAUGGUAAUAGACAGGGCUCUCUGCUGUUGAGCAUAAGAAAAGGUACUGAGUGGCCAAUUCAGGGGGUGUUGGUGAUAUUAUGAAGUGAAUAACUGUCUUCCAUGUGCAACAACUUACAAUUAGUAAAUGGUUAAAACUGUGUGUCAACCACCAGUCAUAACUGUUAUAUUCGAGUUGUAGCACACCAACAGCAAUACGUAGUUUGCAGAAAUAACUUACUUUGAUCAUGAAACCCCCCCCCCUGCCAAGUCUGGGAACUGGAAGCCUUUUUUGGCACCUUUGUCCAAAGGAUCAAAAACCUGGGUAAUGCUUGAAUUCAUGUACAUUAUCUUGUAUGUUUAUGUAACACAUGCUUUUGAUACUGUUCUUUCAUUUAGUUUUAUAUGGUAAAUGUUUGGAUGAUGUUGACACUUGAAGUGCAAAAUGAAGCCUUUAAGGCAGUGGUAUUCAAAGUUGUGGUCAUGCCCAAAUAGUUUUGUACACAUUUUUGUAUGGGACAAACAUUUUGAGAAAUAUGAUUAGGGGGCAAAAAAGUGUUCAGUAAAUGUAUCUAUUGGUUUCUUCAUUUUGAUAAUUCAAUUCAUCACACUUUCAUCUCUUAUUUGUUGAUGUAAAGAUUGGAAUUCACCCCCCAAAAUCAUUUAAGGUUGUCAUUAGAUUUGGGGUGGGGUUGCAAUACAUUUUUGCAAGGGUGAGGAAAUGGGCUCCCGCUAAACAUUUUUGAAUACCACUGCUUUAAGGCCACUGUGACCAACUAGUAACAAGUAUGAAGUUCCCUGCUUGGUGGUGGGGGGGGGUUAACCGGACCAGGUCCGGUUUACUAAGCAUUUCAUCUGUCGAAUAGCAUUUUCAGAAAGCAAGUCAAUUGCCCCCCAACUCUGGGUUAUUUUUUAUACGUUGUGUGUUUCCCCUGAAAUUUUGACCUGUAUAUUUGUGGCUUUGUUACUUCUCUACACAUUUCAAAAUCUAUGCUCGGUUCAGUGAGUACGUUUACAUGCACACUAAUAAUUAACUGUUAAACUUAUGGCAAUAGGCCGAGUAUGGCAAUAGUCAUGUAAACACUACUCGGCUCAUCUUGAAUCGGCGUAAUGUUAAAAUCGAAGUAAGCAUACGCUGAUUAAAACACCUGGUUUUCUGAAAUCUGUAGAAUUAUUACGAUGGCUGAUUCGGCGUUCCAGCUGUGUAUUUGAUCUGCCUUGUGCCAGCACCAGUAGUGCAAGCCUCCCUCUUAUUUGCAAGUGAGUUCGGAAAAACUGAAAGUAUGCAUCUUAGAAAUGGUUCACAUACAAACUUUAUAUGUCCGAACUCAAUCAAAUAGGUGUCAGAAAAAUAACAUGGUCCGAUGUUUAUUUUUAUGAUUUUCUGCAUUUAUUUAAGUCCCAUUAGGUAGCCUGAUAACAUACGUGAAAAAGAUUAUUAGGGAAAUUGUUCUUGCAAGGCUUUUAAACAAACUAUUAUAUAUUAAUCUGGCUAUGCACAAACCGUAUUGUGUGCAUGUUACCGUACUCUGAUGCAAAUCAAAUUCAAAAGCCAUAAACUGUUAAGAAUCCCCCCCAUGCUCCAGUCUGUUUUAUCUUUUAACAGUUAAAACAACCCAAUGCCUUGAACACGAUCUAUAAUGCAAAUGUUCAUGUUAUCUUUUGAAGGUUAAAAUGACCCGAUGCCUUGAAUGUGAUCUGAUGCUGUCAGUGCACUCUAACAGCAGUGCCAUUAAGUGUAAACUCAUCUCAAACUAUUUUUUGAUACUUGCUUUAGUACUUUUUUUAUUUCUUAAACUUUUUCAAAUAAAUUCAUGUCUACCUUGAG